AGUUUCUGCCGAAGAGUUUUCGUAAAACAAAUCUCAAUUUAUACAUUUACUGGGGUAGCACUUUACAUUCGCUAAGCUUAAUUCGAUUAACCCCUAAACGAAACCUGUCAAGUGCUAGCCCGCCGGCAACAGUGCGAAAGGGAGAAAACAAAACCAAUGAAAAACCUACACCUAUAGCAAGCAACCUAUCAUCACGAGUGCCGGCACCAACAGAUCAUGCGCCUAUAGUUUUGUCAUACGUGUACUAAUCGAAUUUGUGUUCAUUGAAGCUUCUGCCAACCAUUCUAUACCAGUCAGCGUGGAUUGCGGCCUCAGUUAGGUAUUGCUGGUUUACUGGCACCACAUUAGGGCACGAUGGAACUGGGUCGGCCCCAUUUGACAUCGCUUCUUUUCCUGUGCUCAGUAGUCCUAUUUCAUAAUUUAGCAGAGGCUAACUCCGAUCUCCCGGAUGAUGUGCAGUCUUCCGAGGAUGGUGAUCGAUACGUAACGCCAACGGUGGAUCCGGCCCGUAUGUACUUUGCGGAACAUUUCGACGAUUUGUUCGACGCCAGCGAUAUUGGAAAACGGUGGAUCAAGUCCAAAGCCACUAAAGAUGAUGCGGCCGAGGAGGUGGCUAAAUACGAUGGUGAAUGGCUGAUCGAGCUACCAAAGAGACCCAUAUUGGCAAAUGAUUAUGGUUUGGUGUUGAAAUCAAAGGCCAAGCAUGCGGCGAUUGCUUCCCAUUUGCUACUGAACAGACCAUUCGUCUUUGACAACAAGCCAUUCAUUGUGCAGUACGAGGUGAAUCUACAGGAUGGUCAAGAAUGUGGUGGCUCCUAUAUUAAGCUUCUGUCUGCUGGCGACAGUAUGAAAAAUUUGAAACAGUUUCACGACAAAACACCGUACACGAUCAUGUUUGGGCCCGACAAGUGUGGCAACGAUGUGAAGUUACAUUUUAUCUUCCGUCACGUAAAUCCGAUCAACAAGACUAUUACAGAAAAGCAUUGCAACAAACAAAAGGAAAGACUUGACGAGCCGUUCAAAGAUAAACGGCCGCAUUUGUAUCAGCUGAUUAUACGCCCUGACAAUACGUAUACCAUUCGUGUUGAUCAUAAGACCAUCAACGAAGGGUCACUGUUGACAAAUUUUACUCCGCCGGUCAAUCCUCCUGCUGAAAUUGAUGAUCCUGAGGACAAAAAACCGGACAAUUGGGAUGAUCGUGAAAAAAUAGCAGAUCCGGAGGCGACAAAGCCAGACGAUUGGCAUGAAGAUGAGCCAGCACAAAUACCGGAUCCCAAGGCCACGAAACCCUCCGAUUGGUUGGACGACGUCGAAGAGAUGGUUCCGGACAGUACCGCUGUGAAACCAUCAGAUUGGGACAAUGACAUGGACGGCGAAUGGGAGCCACCAAUUGUUCCAAACCCCAUGUGCGAAAAGGCAGUCGGGUGCGGUUUGUGGAAGGCACCAAUGAUUGCCAAUCCCAAUUACAAAGGCAAAUGGCGGCCACCGCUUAUAGCUAAUGUGAACUACCAAGGCAAAUGGUCACCAAGGAAGAUACCAAAUCCAGAGUUUUUCGAAGAUUUAUCACCGUUCCGGAUGACAUCGAUUGCCGCCGUCGGUAUCGAAAUUUGGUCCAUGUCCAGUGACAUACUGUUCGACAAUAUCGUAAUCUGUGAUGAUGAAACAGUUGCUGAUGACUGGGCUGCUCAAACAUUCGAUCUGAAAAUAAAAAUUCUGGACCGCCAAGCCCAAACACUUUGGGAUCGCGCAUUAAGGUACAUGAACUACAAACCAGCCUACUGGGGAGCUUAUUUUGUCUACUGUACGAUACCAUUGAUAGCAUACAUCUGGUUCCUCUGGAGUCGCCGAGAUAAGAAGUCCGAUGCGAAGGCAGCAGUUGGUCACUCAAAAAAGACGGAUGAAUUUGUGCCGGUAGAUGAUGAACGGGAUGCUAUGGGAUUGGAUGGUGCCCGGUCCGAUAAAACCCAGCUGAACGCUAACGAAGUGCCGUCGAGCUUGGCCGGUGAAGCGGGUCAAGCGGAAAACGACGAGGACGAAGAGGAGGAGGAAGAGGACGAGGACGAGGGCGACGGUGUGGAAGAUGUCCAUGUAGCACAGCAGACUGUGGACAAAGAAGAAGAGGAUGAGGGAGAAUCAGGAGCAACAGUAGAUAGCAGAAACGCAGAACCCGGGGAGGGUCUUAAGAAGCGGAAAGCUCGCAAAGAUUAGAUUAAAAAUUAAGAAAUUCUAAUAUUGCAUAAGUAGAGGCAUUAUAUUUUCAUUAGAGUUAGACCGUAAGGCAUCGUUCCUGCUAUAUUUUAUGUAAACAAAUAGUUUGUCAAAAAUGUCUCAAGCUGACCGCAGAUUCAGCUUGCGGAACUUUGUUCGCAAUUUAUUUAAUUCCAUCUCGAUUCAAUUAUUGCAUAUCGUAUUAAAUAUUUGAUAUACAUAUGUUCUAAUGUAAUACUUUAUUAUUUCACACAAGCAGUAAUUUGGCUUAUAACAAACCUCUAUUUCGAUGUUUCUUGAAUAAUUUGUUUUUUGGGGUUAUGUAAUCACUACUUCAGGUUCCGAAACAAUGCCAAUUUCAGCAACAAUCCUCAACAAACGCAUCAUUGGAUACAUCGUAUGUAAUACUGCUUUUGCUCGGGGCGUUCCGUUCUAGCGCUUCUAACGCCCUUGUGCCGAACAGCAUUGUGUCGUCUUUGUUGCUCGCUCGAAUUAUAAAAAACAGAAGAGAUACUGUGCGAACAUGUAUUUUGGUUUAAUCUUCUAGAAAACCCUAUGUUUUGACAGUCUACAACAUUCCAAAAGUUUGUCCUUCAGUUUUCAUUCCAAACAGUUCUUCUAUCGUAUCGUUUAAUACAAAAAAGCAAAAUCAAGAAGAUGCAAUAACCGAUAUGAAAUAAAUUCUGAAGAAAGUUACAUAGCUUCUAGAAGCCAGCAGAAAGAUAACCUACCUUGAAAAUAAGUUUUUUUUGCCACAGAUUUUCGCAGUGAAAUCAUACAAAAAGCCGCAACCGGACCUCGGUUAUAACAGAUGUAAAAAGAUAUGAAAUGUCAUGUUCUCGGCAUAGGUAAAGAAAAGCACAUUUCGUUUAUCUUUACAUUUCCAAUAACAAAGAUUUGCUUCAUCAUGCAGUGUGCACUCCAUCAAGCCCCAAAAUAUAAUUUGCCAGAGCGUGCGCGCGCCCAUGAAGAGAUCUGUUAUUAUAGUUUGUUUUUCGGUGGUUUGGCUUUGAAGGAUUUUGUGUUCUUUAAAUUUAAAUAACAACUAUCUCACCUUAGAAAACGCAUGUUGCUCUUUGAUUCGAAAGUCUAUCAGCGGACACGUUAGGAAAUUCAUAACGUCGACCAUGAAUAAACAGUGA